GCCAGCAGCAAGGACAAGCUCUGGAGGGAGCUGGGAGUGCUGAGCUUUGCCUGGACCUCCUGGAUCUGCCUGACACCCCCCACCCACAGCAGGCAUCCCCCAAAACCCCUCUUCUGUCCGUCCUGACCAUUGCACAUUCCCAGCCUGCAUCCCCAGUGCUCUCCUGGAGCCAGGCCUGGCUCCCAUGGAUGUGUGCAGCCUCCAGAGCUGCCCUGACUUGCUCGCAGCAGGUCUUUGUGCUGGUGCCUGUGCUGGAGGCAAUGCCUGCUGUGGGGAGCAGUGGGACUGGUCACGUUUCCGGUGUCAUGUGCUGUCCAUGACGGAUGGCAGAGCCAGUUUUUCUGCUCCAAAAGUGGGACCGGGGAGGAGACCGCAACCCUCAAAUACCCGGAGCCCUGGCAUCCAGGAGAUCACUGCUUUUUCAGCUCCAGGCCCUCUCUGUUCCCCAGGUGUGACUGUCUCGUGCCCCUUGGUGAAAUGUCGACAAUCCUGAAAUGGUUUGGACGGGAGGAUAAGGAGAAAGAGGAGGACAGGAAAGAGAAGGAAGAAAAGGAGAAAGAAAAGACUGAGGGAGAAAAGGAGAAGGAGAAGCAGAAGAGGAGGAAGAAGGAAGAAGAAAAGCAGGGAGAUGGGGAGGAGGACAGGAGCAGCAGCAGCUCUGACAGUGACUCAGAGGAGGACCAAGGCAUUGCCAAGGAUGAUGAGAAGGAAGACAAGGAUUAGUCUUGCAGUGCGGGAGCAGCAGUGCAACCCUCCUCAGGUGGAGAUGGAAACGGCAGAUUGGGCUGGAGAGCGACUGGGCCACUGUUAGCCAAAUAAAGGUGUUGUGAUCUCCAAA